CUUGAUUACUUUUGCAUAAAGUUUGUCUUAUAUAUAUUCGUUAUUUGAAAACAUGUCUUUACGAAGCCUAACAUUAAAAUUUAAGAAUCAUGUUUUCGUUUUUUGUGUCGAUUUCAAACCUGCAAUUAGAGUUUCGCAUAUGGCCUAAAUAAUAACAAAAUCCUUCUAAUUUAAAUAACAAAUAUUUAUGCUUGAUUAUUAGGUUACGUAUGAAUAAUCAAUAAAUAUAUUUUAAUUAAAAAUAAGUUGAAAAAGUUUACUUUCUAUACGCAUAUUUAAGUUUUGAACCCCCCAGUAUAAAGGGAAAUGAUUCGACUUUAAAAAAAAAGUAUGUCAAAUGAAAGAAGUAUAUAAAUAGUAUUUCUUAUGAAAAAAUUGUAUUGAUCCAUACAUUAAUUAAAAAGUUAUAGAAAUAUACAGUUAAAAAUGUAAAAUAUCGAGAAUUUUAACACAAUAAAUAUAGUUUUAAAAAACACGCUUUUAAAGCACAUUGAACUAAAAAGUUAAAAAUAAGCUUAAAAUAAUAAUGAACGAAAAAUACUAGUAUUAUUAUGAUAUAAGCGUAGGUGCUUUGUGUCAUAUUUAACACGCUUAUAUUAGUUUCACCUGUAUGUAUGUAUGUAUGUAUGUAUGUACAGUGGAACCUCGAUUAACCGUGCUUCGAUUAUCCGUGUUCGCGAUUAACCGUGCUCACUCUUCCGAAAAUUUAAAAAUAGUUAUGGAUUGUACGUAUUAUGGAGAUAACAAUAUCAAGAUAAACAAUAUUGUAGAUUAUUACAAAUUGUAUUUAUCGUAUCACCUUCAGUUUACUAUAAGCGUUCGCGACGUUACCUUAUCUAAUAAUGAGUGUUAAACGAAAACGUAUCGUUCUUUCUCUUGAGAAAAAAGUGUUGAUUAUUAACCGAGCUGUAGAUCAUGGUGAAAGUAUACAAAAACUUGCAGACGAGUUUGGCGUGGGUCAACAGACAGUUCGUGACUUAAUCAAACAAAAAAAUGAAAUUUUUAAGUUCAUAUCUUGUCCAGAAUUAUCAGCUACGAGAAAAACUAUGAAAAAGUCAUCAUUAUCAGAUAUGGAAUCUGCUCUUUUUGAAUGGUUUAAACAGAAGCGUAUUGAAGGACUUCCAAUUUCUGGGCCAAUAGUUUGUGAAAAAGCAAAAUGGUUUCAUGAAAAUUUGAAAAUAGAGGAAAGUUUUAAUGCUUCACAAGGUUGGUUAUUUAGAUUCAAAACUCGUCAUGGUAUAAGACAGCUGGACAUUCAAGGUGAAUGUCUCAGUGGAGAUUUGACUGCUGCAACACUGUUUAAUGACGAAUUCAAUUCAAUGCUUUCAAAAUUGAACCUGUCCCCUGAUCAAGUGUACAACGCAGAUGAAUCAGGUCUAUUCUGGAAAAUGUUACCCUCAAAAACACUUGCCGCGCAAUCUGAAAAAUCAGCUCCUGGACAUAAAUCUAGCAAAGAACGACUUACUAUUAUGACAUGUUCAAAUGCAACCGGUACACAUAAGAUCAAAUUAACUGUAAUUGGAAAAGCUAAAAAACCAAGAUCUUUUAAAGGAACCGAAAUGAAAUAUUUUCCAUGUGAUUAUUACCACCACCCAAAAGCUUGGAUGAACCAGGUUAUUUUUAGUGAAUGGUAUUUUAACGUUUUUGUACCUUCUGUAAAAAAAUUUCAAGAUGAAAAAGGUAUACCAAAAAGAGCUGUUCUUCUGCUUGAUAACGCUCCUUCACACCCCUCAGAAUCUACCCUGAAAACAAUGGAUGGUCAAAUUUUUGUCUAUUAUCUACCACCUAACGUAACUUCCUUAAUACAGCCAAUGGAUCAAGGCGUGAUUUCCUGUUUGAAACGAAAGUACAAAAAGAUAUUUCUCCGUUAUCUCUUACAAGAAAAUUGUUAUGAUUCAAUGAAAGAACUUUUGAAAACAUGGACCAUAAAAGAUGCCAUUUUCGCAGUAUGUAAUGCUUGGGAAAAUGUACCUGCAAGUACGUUACGACUUUCUUGGGCGAAAAUCUUAGAUCAAGGUUAUGGUGACGAAGAAAAUGUCGAAGAUACAGAUAUAGAAGAUUGUCUUGAACUUGCUACAUCUAUUCCAGAUUUCACUAACGUUGAUAAAGACGAUAUUGUUGAUUGGCUACAAAAAGAUCAUAACGAAGAGGGAUUUGAGCGUUUAAGUGACUUUGACAUAGCAGCUCGUUAUGGCAGUACAAGUACACUAUCUACCUCACAAAAGCUUGAUUCUUCUUCUGAGAGUGAUAAUGAAAGUGAGAGUUUUGAAAAAAUACAGACUAGCCAAGCAAUGGAAGCAGUUGAUGUCCUUUUGAAAUUUUGCGAGCAGGAGGAUUUUGACUUCCAUGACGUUAUUGGCUUAAGAAAAAUAAGAAGUGAAGUGAGGACAAUUAUUUCAAAACAAAAAAAACAAAGGCUGAUCACUUCUUACUUUUCUUAAGUCAAUAACGUCAUCCUCAUAACUUAUUAUGUAUGCAUCAUUUGUAUUAAUAUAAAACAUUUUUUAAUUAAAUUAAAUAAAUUACAUUUCUUAUUAUAAUUAAAUAAAAAUUUCAUUAUUAUAAAAAGUCUCGAUCAACCGUGGUUUUCAUUUAUCCGUGUGACCCGCUCCCCGUCAUUACCCCGGAUAAUCGAGGUUCCACUGUAUGUAUGUAUGUAUGUAACUCUCCAAACGCCACGCGUUAUCACAUAUUCCGUCGUCUAGACUAGACAGUCAUAACGCAUUCACCCCACCCCACGCCUCGCUCAUCACACACCGGCAAUAUUAUUCCUGUAUAAAUUUAUUUUUGGUUAUCGUACCCGUACACGAGUGCUUGUCAUCAAUAUUAUAUAUAUAUAAACAAAUUUUUAUUUUGACUGACCAAUACCAUCCGCGUACCAUACGGCUUAUGUAUAUAUUCCUACCGCCGUUUAUACCUCAGGUUUAACGUUAGUCCCACCCGC